AUCUGGCAACGGACGUCUGUUCCUUGAGUUGCUGCCGACGACAUCGCCUCACCGGUGUCUGCGUCAUCCCUAAACCUCCUCGGGAUGUCUUCGCUUAUAUUACAUCUGCUGUGACUCUUAUAUCUCUCAAAAACACAAGACUCGCCGUGAUCCGGUCUCCCCCCCACGGGGAAACAACGCGCAAACGGUGGUGGGUGGGGGCCUACCUUCCAACUUCUUACGCCAUCGUGCACUUGCUAGCCAAUCUCUAUCCUGAUUGCAAUUCAUGAUGGCAGAUACAGAGGGGGCCUCGGCGUCUUUCAGUGCUCCAGCAGGUGCAGCUUCAUCGGCUGUCAUAGAGCAAAUCCGCAACGCUACUGCGGAAUCCACUCGACACUUCCUUCUUUCAUCAUCGCCGCGUGAACUCUUAAAGCUUCCAUUUCGCGUUCUUAAUCAAGCCGAAUCGUUCGCGCUCAAUACACUACCUCGAAAUGCGAUGAGACUAGCGGGCUUGGGAGGUUUAGCCGAAAGCAUUUGGGGGAAUGCUCCUGGAGUGGGCUUGGAGAAUGAAGCAAUGGCGGCCGCAGCACAUGAAGGGGUUGGAAUCAUGGGAGAAGGCCUGGCAGCAGCCGCUGCUGAAGAGUCUGGUCUCGGCAUGAUUGAUAUGUUCCAGGCUUUGAGGAGGUUUGGCGGCUUCUUUUCCUAUCUCACCAGCCGCUGGUCACUGGCUUGUUUCACUGUUGCUUUAGUGCUUAAUAGAAUUACUAUCUAUGCUUCCACUAGACGGCAUCUCAAUCUGAACUGGGAAAGACGCUUGGCCUUGCGAAUCCUUCCCAUCCUCCUCUUCGUUUCACAAAUACUUUCGCUCCUCCGUGCAAUCCGAUGCCAGACAUCACCCGAUUACUCUGCAAUCCGCUAUGGCAAGCCAGGAAAGCGUUUGAUAUUCGAUCACGCCGGGGAUGGAGGAUUUCUGUACUCUUUGGGCUCGACUCUUUUACCAUGGGAGUCCGACGAACAGUCUUGCAGCGCAGUCGGCAUGGGACAACCCAUAAACGCUUCAGACAUUCCAUAUGGCUCAUUUUCCCUUCUUUGGCCCGUUUUUAUUCGCCUCUGCCUGAGCCAUUUUGUGGAGACGUUAUCAUGUGCUUUACAAGGCCGGGUCGUUGUGACAGAGGCCGGAAUGUCGAUUUUUGAACAGUCUCUUGCAUUUGCUGAAGCUGAGUCUAUGAUUAGCAAUUCGAUCGGACUCGGUAUCUUCGGAUUAUCUAAGGAGACCUUGCCUCGGGAAGAUGCUUCGCCACGGACAGAAAGCGGUUCUUCUGCCGUCCUUCUACUCACAAAAACCCAGGUUUUGGAUCGAAUGAAUGUCACUCCAGAAUUAUUGCUUAUCGCUCUGAUAUCAUGCUGCAAUAGCAUGACCUCGCACAUUUUAGAUGUUCUCGGCCUACAAAGCAGAUUUCGCUUUUUGCAUACGAGUAUUUGGGGUCUCUGCUUCAUGAGUGCCAUGGUCUGGGGAUUACUGCCUAACGGGAGCGAACCUGUAGUCCUGAAAUUCCCGACGGUUUGCAUUGUGGGGUUUAUUCCUCACUUGCUCAUUCUAAUUGGGAUUUUGAUAUGUCUGCUGAUCUACGCCCUGGCAUUGACCAUCACGGCUUUCUCUCUCCCAUCGAGUUUGCCCCAGCCGCUAUCCUUGUACCAACGGUUUAUGCUUGCCCACGAAAACAUGCAGGGCGCUAAUCAAAUCCAAAAUAUCAGAUUCAACCGCCACGAGGAUUUCUACACGACAUUGUUGAGAAUAGGCUACGGCGCCUUGACUGCGGCCAGUGAAGCGGUAUUUUUGAAUGAAGGGAAAAAGGUCGUCGCUCGGAGAAUGACAUGGCUGGAGGAAGAUAGACUAACGGAAAUCGAAUUAUCCCGACGGCAACACUCUUCCAACCGAGUCUGGGCCGAUUCUACGGGUAACGGAACUUUUGAAGAUGAAGUGGUCAAUUUCGAGAUACAGGAAGCUAUGCCUGAAUGGGAAAGUGGCUACAACCGUGAAAAGAGAAUCGAGAAGCGAAAGAAUGGGUCACGAUCGGUGAGGUCUCAAGACAAUAUUGGUGGCGUUGGAGCAUUCCGCGGAGCAUCCCGUUGUUAUAAUGGGGUUUUAUUCUUCCGUGGUAUCUUUUUUCUGCUAUUGCGGUGGAUUGCAUACGGACUGGAUAAACUGUUGGACAAAGUCGGGAUCAAGUUUCGUCCGCAGUGGUUUAAAAUCCGAUUCCAGCCUCGCAGAGGUGAUCUUCAAAACAGAGACAAAGGGUCCAAAGAGCCAUUGGACUUUUGGAUUCUUAGCGACGAUGGGGAGCUGGAAUUACCAGAAGAUGACGACUUCGAUGUCGAGAAAGAAAUGCGGAAAAGAGAGCGUUCCAACAAUCAGCAAUGGGAGCAAGCAGACGAAAAUCGCCUUGAUGACAAGUUAUAUGGCUGGUGGAAAUCUGGUGGAUCGUGGGGUAACCAAGAUCAAAGUCCUGACUACGCUCCUCCUGCAGGCGAUGUGGAUGAUACAACCAGUGUUAUUUCCAUGUCCACAAACGCAGAGUCAGAAUGGGAGGAGUAUGAGUCCGACGAUGGGCGUCGUACGCCAACCCAAGCAAAUCCUUACUUGGCUGAUACCCACCGCGAAACUACCCCGAUACAGGAGAGCCUUUUCGAUGCAAAGACACUGGUGCGGCUUCUUGAUCCACGCGAUCGAGAGAGCAGACAGGAAGCACAGUUUCUAGCGGCGCACAUCAGUGCUGAACAGGAGGGUCGAAUUCUGACCCGAUGCCAAUACCGGAGGCAGCUGGAACGGGAACAAGCCCAAGUUCUGUUCUCAAGGCGCUCGUACCAUGCGCAUUUUAACAAUGACGAGAAACGGAAGCCCACUCCUGACGAGGAAUCUCAGAUGCUGGAGAAUCUGAUCCUAUCCCGACGAUCCGAAGCAUCCUCUUCAGUUACCCAGGACGAAGAACAGACAUGGGCUUCCGGCGCCUCCGGCCUAGGACCUAAUGGACCUCCCUGCGUCAUCUGCCAGACAAACCCGCGAUCUAUCAUCGUCUGGCCAUGCCGCUGCCUCUGUGUCUGUGAAGAAUGCCGAGUUAGUCUCGCGAUGAACAACUUCGGGAGCUGCGUGACAUGCCGGCAGGAAGUAGGAGGCUUCAUGCGUUUAUGGGUCCCUUGAUACUAUCCUUGUCUGUUCUCCUUCGUCUUUCGCUAUGAGACUUAACGGUUGCAUACAUUCCACAUUUUUUUUGUUUUUAGCCUCUUUACUCUCUCGUCUUGUAAAAAUCACCUGUCCAGGUUAAUUGAAAUUGCAUUCUAUUUGGCCGGGUCACUUUUGUACAAUAGCUCAUAUUGGUUCAAUUCCAGUAGCGCAUAGCAAUAUACAUCGCUUAAUC